ACCGUUUAAUAGGAGGAUGAUCAUAAUGGUCACACGGGGUUGUGAGGCCGUAACAAGAUAAUGCAUGUGAAUGGCCCAGUGCCACAUAAAGUUAAGGGAUUAUAUUACAAUUUCAGGACAGACACAAGGACAAUUGGAUCCCCAAGCAAUGUUGGCUGUGACCGCACCAAAGUAAAUCCUAACGAGAUACCGAAAUGAGUCGGGGUAAAGGAACAGUGGGAAGCUGCUUAAUGUAUUAGAAGAGUUCCCAUAUUUGGAAAAUUUCUGAACAGAGGAGACAAAUUGGAAGUGUGUGGUUCAGUAGAGAGAAGAGGCAAUGGACUUCCUGGUUGAGACUAACAGCACACUCCUUUCUAGCCCUUAACCUUAGACUGGAGAAUACAGUAUGUAUUAGGUAUUAAAUAUCUUAGAGAAGUGUGUUUCUAACUUGAGUGUACAUAUACCUGGGGAUCUGGUUAAAAGGGAGAUAAUGAUUCAAGGGCUUGGAUUCUGCAUUUCUAACAAGCUCCCGGAUGACAUGGGAGUACUGUUCUGUAAAUCACACUUUGAGUAGCAAGUCUAGGGGUUAGGGUAGGCUUCUCUGAGGCAGAUAUGCUUCAGCUGAUAGCUGAAGGAUGAGAACUUGACUAGGAGAGGAGAAGCCCUCAGGCAUAAAGACCAACUUGUGCAAGGGCCCUGUGGCAUUGGAAAAACUGAAAGAAGGCCCGUACGAUGAGUGCAGUCUGGGGAGAGAAGUGAGGUGAAGCACCAGGGAGCAUGGGAUCAAGCAUGCAGGAGCAUGUAUGAGGCUUCUGGAAUAUUAGUAUUUACCUUGUUGACGAGGAGGAGACAUUGAAGGCUGUUAAGCAGGAAAGGGACACGAACAGAUCUGCAUUUUGAAAAAAUCACUCCACCUGCACUAGAAAUAAGGCUAGGGGAAGUGGGUGGAAACGAUGUGGAUGCAGAACACCAGUUAGGAGGCUUAAGCAGUCUGGGCAGCAGGUAGUUUGACUAACGGUGGUAGAGAUGUAGAGAAACAGAGUAAGAACUACACAGGAAGUAAAAUGGACAGCAUUUUGUAAAGGAUUUGACAUGAGGGUAAGGAGGAGGCCUUGUAAGGGCUGUCACCUGAGCACCUGGCCACAGUUGAGUGCUGACGGUACCAUUCACUGGGGGAAAGAAGCACUAGAGAACAAUCACGUUACAGGGGGAAGGGCAUGAGUUUGGUCUUGCACGUAUUGAGUUUGAGGUCCCUGUGAGUCACACAAGGUUAAGAGGAUGAAUAAGUGGUGGCUUCAUAGGUCUGGGGCUCAGAAGCGAGGUGGGAGCUGGAGAUGUAGAUCUGGAGAUCAGGUUUGUAUUGUUUAUAUCGGGGGUGAAUGAGGCUGUGGACAUGGGUGAGAUUUCAAGGUGGGAAAGAACAGUGAAAUGAGAGGUGGACCCAGGACCAAGCCUCAGGAUCGCAGACACAAUGAUGGUGAAAAAGAGGAGGAGGAGCCUGCCAUGGAGAAAAGAGGAGCAAGAGAAAGAAAACGAGGAGUGUAUGAGACUUAGCAACCAAAAAAGGAAGUGUUUAGAGGAAGGGGUGGUCAACAGUGCCAAAUGAUGUUGAGAAAUGACAAGACAGAGUGGUCUUGUAGAGGACCGCAACCAGGGCUGUUUACAGGGUCCAGCCCAGUCCUCCAUGCACAUACCCUGAACUGUAGUUGCCAGUAUACACGGCUGUCUCCCAAGUAAGCUACUUCAAGGUGGUCUUGUCCAUCCUGUCAUCCCCCAAAGCCUAGCACAAGGCCAGGCAAAUAACAGACGCUUAAUAAAUUUUACUGAGGAAUCAGUGGAUGGGUGGAAAGAUGGCUGGACAGCUGGAUGAAUGAAUGAUGAGGAAGAAUUGGAAGCAAAGAAGGACUUUCUGGCAACUGCCUGGGUAGCUACUAUCCUUCAGCUUUCUUUCCUUUUUACCGCAAUGGCCCGCAGACCCAGGGAACAGAGACAGAGCCCCUGGGCCCUGGCCCCCCUUCCUCCCUCUGACGAAGAGUCUGGACCGAAGGUUCUGCUGACGUGGGAAGGGGGAGGAGAGUCUGGAGGAAGGGGAGGGGAAAUCAGCACAGAGAUCGCAGAGACGAAGGAGGCGCCCGCGGCUGCAGAGCUGCAGAGCGGGGUCUCUCCGGGCUCUGUGUCCGGGCAUCGGGCCCCCUACUAGGCCAGAGGACAGCGCAUCCUUUCGGUGCAGGCCGGCAGGGCCCCUGCGGUCGGCAAGCUGGCUCCCCGGGUGGCCACCGGGACCCCCGAGCCCAAUGGCGGGGGCGGCAGCAAAAUCGACAGCACUGUAGAGAUCACCCCCAGCCCCAACGGACAGGUCGGGACUCUCGGAGAUGCGGUGCCCACGGAGCAGCUGCAGGGUGAGCGGGAGCGCGAGCGGGAGGGGGAGGGCGACGCGGGCGGCGACGGAAUGGGCAGCAGCCUGUCGCUGGCCGUGCCCCCCGGCCCCCUCAGCUUUGAAGCGCUGCUCGCCCAGGUGGGGGCGCUGGGCGGCGGCCAGCAGCUGCAGCUCGGCCUCUGCUGCCUGCCCGUGCUCUUCGUGGCACUGGGCAUGGCCUCAGACCCCAUCUUCACCCUGGCGCCCCCACUGCAUUGCCACUACGGGGGCUUUGCCCCCAAUGCGUCUGGCUGGGAGCAGCCCCCCAACGCCAGCGGCGUCAGCGUCGCCAGCGCGGCCCUAGCAGCCAGCGCCGCCAGCCGCGUCGCCACCAGUACGGACCCGUCGUGCAGCGGCUUCGCCCCGCCGGACUUCAACCAUUGUCUCAAGGACUGGGACUAUAAUGGGUUGCCGGUACUCACCACCAACGCCAUCGGCCAGUGGGAUCUAGUGUGUGACCUGGGCUGGCAGGUGAUCCUGGAGCAGAUCCUCUUCAUCCUGGGCUUUGCCUCUGGCUACCUGUUCCUGGGCUACCCCGCGGACAGGUUCGGCCGUCGAGGGAUUGUGCUGCUGACCUUGGGGCUGGUGGGCCCCUGUGGAGUGGGAGGGGCUGCUGCAGGCUCCUCCACAGGUGUCAUGGCCCUCCGAUUCCUCCUGGGCUUUCUACUUGCCGGAGUUGACCUUGGUGUCUACCUGAUGCGCCUGGAGCUGUGCGACCCAACCCAGAGGCUUCGGGUGGCCCUGGCAGGGGAGUUGGUGGGGGUGGGGGGGCACUUCCUGUUCCUGGGCCUGGCCCUUGUCUCUAAGGACUGGCGAUUUCUGCAGCGAAUGAUCACCGCUCCCUGCAUCCUCUUCCUGUUUUAUGGCUGGCCUGGUCUGUUUCUGGAGUCUGCAAGGUGGCUAAUAGUGAAGCGACAGAUUGAGGAGGCCCAAUCCGUGCUGAGGAUCCUGGCUGAGCGGAACCGGCCCCAUGGACAGAUGCUGGGAGAAGAGGCGCAGGAGGCCCUGCAGGACCUGGAGAACACCUGCCCUCUCCCUGCAACAUCCUCCUUUUCCUUCGCUUCCCUCCUCAACUACCGCAACAUCUGGAAAAAUCUGCUUAUCCUGGGCUUCACCAACUUUAUUGCCCACGCCAUUCGCCACUGCUACCAGCCUGUGGGAGGAGGAGGGAGCCCAUCGGACUUCUACCUGUGCUCCCUGCUAGCCAGCGGCACAGCAGCCCUGGCCUGUGUCUUCCUGGGGGUCACCGUGGACCGAUUUGGCCGCCGGGGCAUUCUGCUACUCUCGAUGACCCUCACAGGCAUUGCGUCCUUGGUCCUGCUGGGCCUGUGGGAUUGUGAGCAUCCUCCCUUCCCCACAGUGUGGGCUGAGCAAAGGAACCCCAGCAGAGAUCUGAACGAGGCUGCCAUCACCACCUUCUCGGUCCUUGGCCUCUUCUCCUCCCAAGCUGCUGGCAUCCUCAGCACCCUCCUUGCUGCUGAAGUCAUCCCUACCACUGUCCGGGGCCGAGGCCUGGGCCUGAUCAUGGCACUGGGGGCUCUUGGAGGGCUGAGUGGCCCAGCGCAGCGCCUCCACAUGGGCCAUGGAGCUUUCCUGCAGCAUGUGGUACUGGCAGCCUGUGCCCUCCUCUGCAUCCUCAGCAUCAUGCUUCUGCCGGAGACCAAGCGCAAGCUCCUGCCCGAGGUGCUCCGGGAUGGGGAGCUGUGCCGCCGGCCCUCCCUGCUGCGGCAGCCACCCCCUAACCGCUGUGACCAUGUCCCACUGCUCGCCACCCCCAACCCUGCCCUCUGAGUGGCCUCUGAGCACCCUGGCAGGAGGCUGGCUCGUACUGAAAGGUGGCGUAAGGCCCUGGCAAGCAGGUUGGGAGGACUGAGUGAGGAAGACAGGGCUGCCCAGAAGGCUCAGAGGCACCUCACGCCAGCCAUCAAGGAGGGCUCAGAGGGCUGUCCCCACCCCCAUCUCCUCCCUGCUGCUUUGUGUUCACUUCCUUGGCAAGAGUCAGGGGACAGGGAGUGAGCUCCACAGUGUAACCACUAGGUCUGGGCUCCAUCCUGUGCCCAAAGACAUCCUCCCAGACUUCAUUCUUUCUUGCUCUAUCAUUCUGUUUCAAUAAAGACAUUUUGAAUAAAUGAGCAUACCAUA